GGGAAGUUGAAAAUUGAUAGAAUAAUAAGGAAAAGAAAAAGAAGAUUGCAUUGAAAUGGGAGAGCCGGAAGGUAAUUUUCCGAGUUCGAUAUUUGGAAGAAGGGGAUAUAAUUUUUUUCGCAACCAGAAUGGGGUUAGGGUUCUUGGUGGGAGUUCGCAUUGCGAUUUGAAGGUUGGUUUUGGAAAGAAAUUUGAAGGCAACAGAGUGCACUGAAAUUUCGUCUGGUAUAGUUGGUGCACUUGGAAGAAGGGGAAGUGGUGUGUAUUUUCGAUUUCAGUGGUGCAUUGGCGAGGUUUUUGUUCGUCUGGUCUUAACCACCCUCACUUCACUGCUUAGGGUUUUACUUCACUCGCGCCAUUCGCACUUUACUUCCGUUAAUAUUGUUUAAUCAGUAUACAUUUAGAACUUUCUCGGAAGCUCAGUGUUUCCGUUAGACAUGGAAACUGAUGAAUCCUCUCGCAUGCUUCCCUUCCAGCUUCAAUUCGAUAAACCCCUCGCUUCUCAGAUCACGAUUGCGGAGUGGAAUCCGGAGAAGGACUUGCUCGCUAUGGUUACUGAUGACUCCAAGAUCCUGCUCCAUCGUUUCAAUUGGCAACGGUUAUGGACCAUAGCUCCAGGAAAAUGCAUCACAUCCUUGUGUUGGCGUCCUGAUGGAAAAGCAAUUGCUGUUGGGCUUGACGACGGGAUGGUGUCACUGCAUGAUGUUGAGAAUGGAAAGCUGCUAAGAAGCUUAAAAUCACAUUGCGCAGCCAUUAUAUGUCUCAACUGGGAGGAGGAAAGUCAGCUCAUUACAGAUGACCAUGGUUAUACUUCUAAGUAUGAAGAUAGAACCUCUCGUUUCUUUCCUCCUGCUCCAAGAGUUCCUCGGAUGCCUGGGUUGGUUUCUGGUGAUAAUGGGUUCAUGGAUGAUAGUGAAGAUUCAUUUCAGGAGCUGUCAAAUUCUUCUCACCAACGAUUCAACAUCCUAUGCAGUGCAGAUAAAGAUGGAAAUAUUUAUUUUAGUAUAUUUGGAAUCUUCCCUAUAGGGAAAGUUAACAUACACAACCUCACUUUUCCUACUUGCCAUGAUGGUGCAGAAACGACUAACAGAGUUUCAAAUGCUUCUAUACAGAAGGUUGCAUUAUCAAAAGAUCUCUGUCGUUUGAUAGUCAUGUGCUCAGGGGAUCUUGUUAAAGUUGGUGCUGACUUGGGAGAAACUGACAUGGCUGGGUACAAUGAGCAUGGUCUGCAUUGCUUAGCCCUGAACACUACUAUAUUUUGGAAUAGGAAAAAUGAGCUUCAUCAAGUAGCUCAACAAGCUUCUAACAUUGAGGAUUUGACUGAGGUUGUUCGCACAUCAUUAUCAGUUAUGUGUAGGCAGUGGUCUGAUGCCAUGAACACAUUCCAGGAGAAAUUUAACUCUUUGUCUACUCUGAUUAUAAAUCAUGGACUUGAUUCCUCACCCCAAGAGGAGCUUCUGAGCCUUUUGGGUGGUGCAAGGACUAGCCCACCAGUUCAUCAAUUUCUCGUUAACACUCUGGGAGAAGUGGGUGUCAAGCGUAUUUCAAAGGUUCUCUCUGGUGCAGGCAAAGAACUUCAACGUAUUGUCUUGGACCACCUCCAGCCUGCUGUAGAAGUUAUUGCAUUCAGAAUAGGAGAACUAAGAGGGCUUUCAAGAUGGCGAGCACGCUAUCACAGCAUUGGCUUGGAUGAAUCACUUAUUAACAAUGCAACAGAAAAGGCUGGUACGCUACUUGUACAAGUUGAACGAUUUAUGAGGGUUCUUUCAUCUGUUGUGCAGCAGUACUCAAACUUCUUCAACUGGCUAUUAAAGUGUAUAAAAUUACUCAUGUCAGAACCAAGUGACCAGCUUCUACCGUAUAACAGUGAACUUGUUAUUAUAUUCUUGAAGUUUCUAUACGAGCAAGAUCCUGUUAAACAAUUGCUGGAAAUAUCUGAAAUAGAAUAUGAAGUUGAAAUUGAUUUGGAAACAAUGCAAAGAGUUAGAGAAUUGGUUCAAUUUGGGGGAUUUUCAGACAUUGAGUAUCUAAGGAGAACAUUGGCUAAAGAAUUUCAGUUGAUGGAACUAAGCUUUAAAGAGGCUUUUCAAAUGCCUUUUACCACAAUAUCAAGAAAGAUACUCUGCGAGGAUAUACUACCAUUGUUUCCUGUACCAACUUUGCCAAAAUCAUCAUCCAUGAGAAUUCCCACUUCAGUAUCAUAUUAUGAGGAUUCUUCUGGAGCUUCUGUGACACCUCAAACUGGUCAAAAUCAGUUUAUUGAUUAUGUAUCUUUCCAAGUACCUGAUGAGUGUUUCUCGGAUAUUAUAAAUUGCCUAUGCAUAGUUAGAGGAUUCAUGCAUGAUUCACACUGCCUAAAGAAGGGGUGCAGUACGUUGGAAGCGGUGCUGUUACAUGUUCCUGUUGAUUAUCAAUGUGUGGAUCUGUCUUUGUAUAAGGAUAGUCAAAUUGUCUUGUUACUAAACAAAGUUACUAACACAUCAGAAAGUGCUGGUGAUGGUUGUAUGGUGAUUCUGCAAGCAAGUGAUCUACCGUAUAUCUCUAUAUCAAGAUCUGCUCAUAUAGAUGUCUGGAGAUUACCAGAACUUAAGGAUUCUGUUGCUUACUUGCAUAUUGAGGAUGAGAAAGCUCGCACCAUCCCACAUUCUGUAGUUGCUCCCUUGGCAGUUAGUGCAUCUAGAGGCGUGGCUUGUGUAUUUGCUGCAAGAAAGCGUGCUCUGGUCUACAUUUUGGAAGAAGAUGAAGAUGAGGUCUCGGAUGCAGAAUAAUUCGCCAAUUCAUUUUUCCUUCGUAACCAUUUUGUGCUUUUGUUUCGGCCAGGUUGUAAUCAUUUUCCAUUUUCUUAAUGGUCCGAAUAUUGUUGUAGAAUGUCCAUGUGUUAUUAGCGUUCAUUUUAAAAACACGAAAUUAAUUAAUUAUUUUUUGUGAUAAAAGUAAA